CGUAGGUUUAUGUAAUAAGUGUAUAUUCAGCCACUGCUAUUGAUCGAAACCAAAGUCAUGGUGAGAAUAACAAUUUGCAGCAGAAUUCUCAAAUUUUCAAAACCCUACUUUUGGUGUGCGACGCAGAGUUCAAGCCGUUGCUUUAAUUCACGAGCCCAAUCUCAUGAUCUCAUUACAAAGACGAUCACUUCUUCUCUUCAAGACGUUUUAACACGACCCACUUGGCAAAAUCGAAGCUUUGUUCAAUGCAGAAGAGUUUCCUCCCAUGCUCAGAUGGCUUAUGAUCAUCAAUCUGUGACGAUUGAGAAAUUUGAUGCUUUGUGUGAAGAAGUGAAGAUAAGAGAAGCCUUGGAAGUUGUUGAUAUCUUGGAGGAUAAUGGAUAUGUAGUGGAUUUUCCCAGGAUUUUAGGGUUAGCGAAACUAUGUGGUGAAGUAGAGGCUUUGGAAGAAGCUAGGGUUGUUCAUGACUGUAUCACUCCUUUAGAUGCUAGAUCUUACCACACGGUAAUCGAAAUGUAUUCUGGUUGUGGAUCCACUUAUGACGCUUUGAAGGUGUUCGACGAAAUGCCUGAGAGGAAUUCAGAGACUUGGUGCAUUAUGAUGAGGUGCUUAGCGAAGAACGGAGAAGGCGAACGCGCAGUUGAUAUGUUUACGAGUUUCAAAGAGGAAGGGAACAAACCCGACAAGGAGAUAUUCAAAGCGGUUUUCUUUGCGUGUGUUUCUCUAGGAGACAUUAACGAGGGAUUAUUGCAUUUUGAGUCUAUGUACAGAAAUUAUGGUAUCAUUCCUUGUAUGGAAGACUAUGUGAUUGUAACCGAGAUGUUAGCAGCUUGUGGUCAUUUGGAUGAGGCAUUGGAGUUUGUUGAAAGAAUGACGGUGGAACCGAGUGUUGAAAUGUGGGAAACACUGAUGAAUCUUUGCUGGGUUCAUGGUGAUUUAGAGCUAGGGGAUAGGUUUGCCGAGUUAGUGAAGAAACUAGAUGCCUCAAGAAUGAACAAAGAGUCAAAUGCAGGUCUUGUAGCAGCAAAAGAAUCAGACUCUACAAAGGAGAAACUUAAGGAAUUGCGAUAUUGUCAGAUGAUGAGAGACGACCCAAAAUUGCGUAUCUGUCAGUUUAGAGCAGGAGAUACUUCACAUCGGAAGAAUGACGAAACCGUUGCUGCAUUGAGGAGUUUGAAAGUGCAAAUGUUAGAUAUGGGUUUUGUCCCUGCGACUCGGGUUUGUUUGGAAAAAGUCGAAAAAGAGGAAAAAGAGGAACAACUUCUUUUUAGAAGCAACAAGCUUGCCUUUGCUUACGCGCUCCUUCAUUCAAAGGCUCGGAAACCAUUUACUGUUACACAAGAUAUGCGAACCUGCAUUGAUGGCCACAAUACAUUUAAGAUGAUCUCACUGAUCACUGGCAGAGAACUGACACAGCGAGAUCAAAAAAGAUUUCACCAUUACAGAAACGGGGUCUGCUCCUGCCGAGAUUACUGGCAUUGCAGAGAAGAAGGAUGAAAUUAGGCUGCUGGAAAGACAGCGAAGCAGACAUGACUUUGGCUUGACGUGCAAGUCAUAUCCUACACAUUAGGGUCUGAGAGAUGAUCUGUUUUAUCUCAGUCACAAUGCCAAUGCGACGAUCAUAAAAUAUAAACGAAAAUCAAUUUUAGAUUAAAAAACUUUGGAGUCUCGUCUGUGGAGCCCAUAACGAAGGUCAGGCCCAGUUAAAGCCCACCAACUGAAGCGGCAAUCACCGUCGUUAAAGCCGACAACACGACGGUAUCAAGCUGUUUUUUUGGGAGACUGUGUUGCGUGGUCUCGUUUUUAAGCUAUCUUCAUCAUCAAGUUUUGUUCUUUUGCGUGGUUAAUUAAUGGA